AUGUCUACGGAGAAAGAGCGCCUACAAUGCCCUUCUCUCUUCAAAACUAUCCCGGAUUUGAAAUCCGCAAUCGAGGGUGACCUUUUCUUUGAAGGUGGCUCGCAUGACGCCCUUCAUUUCUUCCUUGAGGCACUCAAAGAUGACAAUACGGAUCCUUUCAUCAAAAUGGCCAUCAAAAAUACAUUCAGAGAUCCAUCUGUACGACAAAGGAUCGAGGAAUCGUGGAAACUUUCCUAUGAUUAUCACGAUGAAAAAAUCCGUCAGCAUAGGAUGGGCGAUGAAGCCUGCUAUGAUUUGGCCUCGUGGUGUUUCAAGAAUUGCUCUUUGUGCUCCAAUGGUCUCUUGGACAAUAAAAUGAUUCAGCCUUCAUCGUACUUCUUUUGGCUCGCAUUCAGCAGCGGAAAGGGUGGUUUAUCGCAGAGCGUUCUGUCUUUGGUGGACCCUGAGAGUCUUCUGGUUCCUUUUUCAACAGGUAAACCAAAUGAAGUCCAACGCACAAUGUUUACGUGGGCUAUACUGGUGCCUAAAUGCUUCGAAAUCUGCUGGGAACGGCUGAAACCAUUGAGAGAAACUGCUCUUGGUCUAAUAGGACCAACUCAAAAGCGAAGCAUAUUGGGCUAUGCCGACGUCGAACUUGCCGAAAGGCUACGGAAAGAUGGCCUAGAUCUGGGAAAUCUUGAACCAGAACAUCCUUCACUAGUUUUGCUGGAGACUUUGAGUGGGACAGAUCCAGACCCAAUGUUCAAGUGGCUCCUGGACCGCGGCUUACAACCCCCAGAAGAUCUUCUGAUGCAUGCUACUGAAUCCAACUACAUUGCUGCGGCACGUUGGCUUAUGAGUCACGGCAAUUACUCGCAGAGCUGGCGUAACGCUGCUCUGAAGGCAGCAGGCAGUACCGACCAAAGCAGUGCGGAGUUAAUGUCAAUCAUUGUCGAGGGUGCUGCUGCAGAGUUGCCCAAAGAUGCCAAGCUGUCACAAGAUCUGGUGAUAGAAGUUGUUGACAGGGCGUGCCAGGAAAAAGAAAAGUUUAACGCAAUACGGUCGGUUGAUAUAUCACAACAAGUGGCAGACAUGGAACACCUUGCAGUUCGAAAGAUAGAAGCUUUGGGUAAAGCGGUUGGAAAGGUUGAAGUUAUUGGUACCAAAAUCAAGGCUGAGGAAGCUAAAUUAGAUGGCCUUUUACAGGCUUUGGGGGAUAUGGACCUGCGUUCAUGA